ACCGUCCACCAUCGCAUUCUUCUGUCCUUGCGCAAUCGCAACCUCCCAACCUCUCAAAUUUUCAAAGAUGAGCAACGUUCAGACUGUCCCACCUUCCUGGAAGGAUCUUGGCAAGCUGGCCAACGACACCCUUGGCAAGGACCUGCCCAUCCACGGAAGCAACCUUGAGGUGAAGACAAAGGCACCGAACGGCGUUCAAUUCCGAGUGCUUGGUAACCGCGAUGCCAAGAGCGGCAACAUCAAUGGAGACCUCGAGGCUAAGUGGUCCGACAAGAAGAGCGGCAUCACCUUCACCCAAGCUUGGCUCACCAGCAAUGUUCUGAGGAACCACGUGGAAUUGGAGAACCAGAUCGCCAAGGGUCUCAAGCUUGAGCUGGUUUCCACUCUCAUUCCCGAGAAGCAAGCGAAGAACUUCCUGCUCACCUCGACCUACAAGAUGCCAGGUCUGCACACUCGCCAACACUUGGAUCUUCUCAAGGGUCCUCAAGUCACUGCCGAUGUUGUCCUGGGCCGUGACGGCUUCCUUCUCGGCUCUGAGGCUGCUUACGACGUUCGUGACGGCAAGCUGUCUCGCUACAACCUCGCGGCUGCCUUCCACGCUCCAGAGUACGCUGUGACCCUGCACGGUCUUGGUAACCUGAGCACCUACCAAGCCAGCUACUACCACCGUGUGAACCAGGACAUCGAGACUAGCGCUCGUGCCACCUAUGAUUCCAAGGCCGUUGCUAGCAACGUCAACCUCGAAGUUGGAACAAAGACAUACCUCGACAACGCCUCGUUCAUCAAGGCCAAGAUCAACAACUCCGGCAUCCUGUGCCUCGGCUACACGCAAGCUCUUGCCACUGGCGUCAAGGGCAGCGUCGGUCUCGCUCUCGACACCGUCAAGCUCUCUGACAAUGGAGGUGCCAACGCACACAAGGCAGGCUUCUCUCUCGUCUUCGAGGCCUAAAUGUGACCGUGAAGUCGGUUCAGGUAGAUGACACUGUGCUAGAUUGGCGACCGAAGAAAUGUUGCUUGCCCCAAUCCACGAAAUGCACUUUGGUGAUGCGCACGUCCGAAGCGCCUGUUGAUGAGACAAGCUGCCUGAGUUGCCGAGAGGCUUUUGGCACACAUCGUAC